AUGGCAAUUCUCUCCAAGGUUGUUGUCGCUACCGGCCUUGUCGCUUCGGGAGGCUACGACUGUACUCCUGAGGAGUCGAACAACUGGGGCUUUUACUCGCCAUGGUUCGCCGCCCCAACGGAUAUCCCAGACGAGGUCCCUCUAGGCUGCUCUAUCAACUUUGUUCAGUUGCUGUCGCGUCACGGCUCUCGUUACCCGGAAGCCAGUGACACCGACUACGGCAAGUACACAGCGGAGCUCCAGGCCGCCGUGAACUCGAGCUACUUCACGGGAGAGUACGCUUUCUUGAAGGACUACAACUUUACCCUACCCUACACUGGUCUGCUCACCCCCUGGGGCGAGAAAGAAAUGUACAACUCCGGGGUUUAUUUCUACCAGCGCUACCAGGAGCUCGCGGGCCUAUCGGGAAAGGUGCCCUUCUUCCGGGCCACCGACUACCCGCGUGUCGUCCAGUCGUUUGAGAACUUCACCCAGGGCUUUCACGCCUCCAAGAUGUCUGCCUGGGGACGCCUCGCUGACAUGACCUACCCGUACCCCGUGGUCCUCAUCCCCGAGACUGCCACUGAGAACAACACGUUGGCACCGGGUACCUGCCCUGAGUAUAUGACCGGUUAUGACAGCACUAUCACCACCACCGCCAAGCAGUUGUACGAGACUUACUUCGCGCCUGCGAUCUCGGAUCGCUGGGCUGUAGAUCUGCCCGGCAACGGCAUGAGUGACAAGCAUAUCAUCGAUCUCAUGGACGUGUGCCCCUACGAGACGGUCGCCAACCCCAACGCCCAGCCGCUGUCCCCUUGGUGCGCGCUUUUCACUGAUGAGGAGUGGGCCCAGUACAACUAUGAGAAAACCUUGGACCGCUUCUAUCUCGACAGCUACGGUGAUCCCGUCGGCCCUGCCCAGGGUGCUGGCUGGGUGAUCGAGCUCGUCUCCCGCCUGACCAACACCCCUGUCAAGGUGCCUGCCAGCGGUAGCACCAUCAACAUUACCCUCGACAGCGACCCUGCGACCUUCCCGCUCGGCCUGCCAAUGUACGUCGACUUUUCACAUGACCACAUCAUCGUUAAUGCCCUGUCUGCCAUGGGUAUGUUCGACCCCAGCUACAUGCUGCCCAACACCAUCCUCAUCAGCGGUGAGCAGGCCGACGGCUUCCUCAUCAACUGGAUCACCCCUUUCGCGUCCCGCGUGUUCGUGGAGAAGAUGACCUGCCUCUUCGAGCCCGAGGAGUAUGUCCGUGUCGUUGUCAACGGCCGAGUCCAGCCCAUGAAGCAGUGCGAUUCCGACUCUCUGGGCCGUUGCACCCUGACCAAGUUCGUCGACGCCAUGAGCUACGCUAUGGAGGGUGCUAGCUGGUCAGCCUGCUACUCUUAA